UUUCGUCAUGAAAUGAUUUAAUGCACGGAAAUCCUUUACGUUGUGGUUUUCUAUCUUGGAUCGAAUCCGAUGCGAAAACACAAAGGCGCCAUCAACAAGGUUUACUUCCCCAUUUCUUCAGGGAGUUUCAUGUAACAUCGAAGAUUUCAUAGCCCAAAGACAGUAAUGACAGAUCUUGAAUGCACCGGAGAAUCUACUAAAAUCUUAGCUUACAAGUGUUUAACAUUUGGAAUGCUACAAGACAAACUGACUGAGAUCCUUAUGUGAUAAAUACUGGAUAAGGACACGCUUUGUUAUUGAUCAAACGUCUUCGGUCAAUGCGGUAACAUUUCGUACGACUAUUGAAUGUGAUGGGCUCUAUGGAAGGUGCUGGGGCGCCUUUGCUGAACGACUACAAACUUGAAUUCUUCUGGAAGCGUUUCCCGCAAACGCUGCUCGGUGGAUUGAAGCUAAAACUCGGAUACGAUGCACCAUUCUACGUUUACUUGAAUCAAGUAUUGGUGUUCUUGGUACCUUUCAUUUUUGGAGGGAUUUUUACACUUCUUGCUGAGUUCGAAAUCAUAACUGAUGUGUACAUGAAUGCUUAUAUUUAUGGAGGCCUUGUGGUCGUAUUUGUAAUAAGUACACAGCUUUUCAGCUGGUUAAUGCGUCGAAAUGCGACGAGUCUCGCUAAAUUUCAAAAGAACCUCUUGUCUCAAGACGACGAGAUUGACUUCGUUUCAUGUUGCGGUGUCGAAACGGUGGAGUUUACUUUUCCCGCAAAGAGAUUUGUUGUAAACAUGAUUGCCCAUGCGGUGAUAUCUGGGGUCGUAUGUAGUUUAAUGUUUUUGUAUCUUUUACCGGCGAACCUGGCUGGGUUGUUUUCAAACACGUGUGCUACAGUGGUUCUUUACACUCUUGGAUGGUUAACCGUGUGUAUUUCUCAGUUCUCUUUGAGUUCUUCAUGCCCGCCCGAGUUGGCUAUUUUUAGAGCUCUGGACACAUUGGAAAUCGCUCCACUGAUGAGACCAUUUUAUGUGGUGAUAUUUGGAAUCAUUGGAGUUUUGGCAAGACAUUACUCCGAGUUAGUGGCAACAGACAAGGUACUACAUAUCUUGUUUCCUUUUCUGCCCUUGCUAUGGAUUCUGGGUAUCUUGCCUCCUCUGGAUGCACUGUUUCCAUGGUUGGCAGAGCAGGCACUGGUGCUUGUUCUUGGUGGCUCCCCAUUAGCAACUGAUUUGAGAUUACUGGUGAUGUUUAUCAUCUCAAGUCUUGUGGUUGUCAUGGCAACUUUUAUUUCAAAUUCUACUGCCAUUCUUAUCGUGUCAGCUUGUUUUGGCUUCAUCCUCAGUAUGGACAUCUUUGGCCUUGUUCUUCAAGCAUGGGUCAAAAUAAAUCAAGGAAAAACCUUGAAGCCAAUAGUGGCAGAAUGGAAAAUGAGAGAAGUAUUGAUUUUUGUAGUAAUGUUAGCAAUAACAGGGGCUUUGGCAGCAGUUUCCAGCCAUUUCUCAUCAGAUGCAAGCCUGAAGAUAUUUGAUGCCUUUGGUGUUUUGUUCAUGGUGCUCUUGGUUCUUGUUAAAGUUCUGGGAGAUAUACAAUCUGUGAGCAUUUUUUUUGGUUUGCUCAGAAAUCCAUUUUAUCCAGCAAGUAUUGAGUCAUCUAGAGAGUUUAAGAAAAGAAAAAAGAUUCUGAAAUACAUUGGUCUUCUUCGCCAAGCACUGCUUUGCUAUGUUGUACCUUUGCUUCAAGUUGCCUUUCUCAGCUUGUUCCUUGCUCCAGAGAGGGCAACUGUUUCAAACUUUGCUGCGGCCAUUGGAACUGUCAGGGCUCUUCGACAGGUCUGGCAAAACACGUUUAAUUCUCUGCUGGAAAUAUCCGUCGUUUAUCUGACUGCGACGGCUCUGGGGUCAGAUGUGGCUACCUGGUGGGGUACUGCAGGUCUUGGACUACAGCUGAUGCUGGUGGGAGCCUGCAGGGACAGACUACAGCAGCUACUAAAUAAGAUAUCCUACAUGCUGACCCUCACUGUCACAGCGUGGACACUUCCCAAACAGCACCACAAGGCAACAGUACCUAUCCUUCUUGCACUCGUCAUAUUACUGCCUGUGGUAAUAGCUGUACUGGGGGCUGCAACAAUUUUAGCCACUCCAUUGCUACCACUCUUCUGUCUUCCUGUAUUCUUGGUGGGCUUUCCGCGGCCAUUGCGGUCCUGGCCCAAGACUGCCAGCACGGCUGCAGCAACCUGCCCUGACUCCGUGUUUUACAAACAACUGACACCUCAGGUAGUGUCAACUCUUGGUGUUACCAUGGCUAUGGGCACUCUGGGUAAUCCAUCACCAGGGGACCAUUACUUGGUGCGUUUUCAGGACCGUUUGAUUUGGGUCCACGUGCUUGAGUGUGGUUACAAAUUUUGCACUACGGUAUUGAAAGGCCUUGAGCUGCAGGAGACCUCGUGCCACACUGUGGAAGCCACGCGUGUAGAUGACGUGUUUCAGGAUAUUUUUGUGCAUGAGGGAAAAUGGCCACUGGUUUCAUUGAACCAACACGUAGCAAACGUUCUUUGCCCGUGUGACACAUUGAUCCUCAAUACUUACUCAGACGCGAAGAAUGUACUGACUGGUGUAAUUGAUCAGCCAGAAAAUUUACGGAGGAAUUCAGAAAAUUUCUUGAAGACUCUUGUCUGGGUUUUGGUGAAUUAUUGUAAAGAUCGAAAGUUUGAAAUCCCGGAACAAACCUCACAUCAAGUAUUCAUUGACAUUGCAAAGCAAGAGGUCAUGAUGUCAGUAGAGGUUUUACCUGCUCCAAAACCCAAGGAAGCUUUACUAGUCAGACAAACAAGUCAGGAUGAUUUGGACAUUCCAAACGUUUUCAUGAGUUCAACAGAUUAUCAAGAACCAACAACGAGAGUUACAUCACCCAAGAGACGACGAAGCAGCUCUUUGCCCAGUCUUAGCGAUAGUGUAUGGUCUCAGGAAAGCUUGAAACUGGAUGAAAGUCAGACGAGCGAUAAAAAACGCAAGCAGUCAGGGAGCGUUGGUGGUCUUCACGUCAAAGACGAAGGGAUUGAUGAUCUCGACGAAUCUUUCAAUCUAGGUGGUUUUCCAGCACUGGAUAUUGGACAGGCAAGCGCAUCGAAAAAUAAAGGCUCAAGCGAAAAGCUCCUUAAAAAAGAGGAUCCAGUUUUUAGUGAUUUCAAUUAUGACGUUCUUAGCUAUGGAGCUACCAAGAGGGAUGCUAAAGCAGGCGCAAGCGAUUAUAUGAAGCCAGUUACUUUUACAUCAGAGCAUGCCCAUAGACUUGAUUUGCCACAUCAUUGGAAGUUUUCCAUCCCAGUAGACAAACAUAAUUUAGACUCUUUAUCAGAAAAAUUUCCCGAUUUCUGGUUCAGACACGUUGUGAAGGGUUUAAACUUUGGAAACAACAGCAAGGGCAUUGCAGAAAGUAUCCUUGGCGAUUCAACUCUGAUAAGCUUAUACCGUCAGUUGACAUGCGCGUGUUACGCUAUGGUGGAGGUACUUGGAUUCCCAGGAUCGUCUGCUGUAGCUGCUGGACCUGGUCACGUGCACAAAGUGUACGCUGGCGACGUGCCUUGGUCAAUACAUGUUGAUUGGCUGGAAAAAGAGACGGAGCUUAAAUCGCUGAUCUUGAAGGCGUACAGAUAUGCUUUCAAGUUAACUUACGACGAAGCUGUUCUUGGAGAAGUGACAAGUGAAGAUGAACUUGUGGAAUACAUGACAGAGUAUGAUAGGGACUGGUACCUAGGCAGUGAGAUAGGCCACGAGUGGCAGUUGUCUAUCAUGGAUGAAAAGCCGUUCCUGUUCUCGCUGGGUCGAGACAAAAGCAAGGGCACAUACACUAGCCGUGUUCUCACCAAGCAAGAGAUAAUGGCCCCAGUCGGGCGCCUUAAUGGAGAAUGCGUGCGAGGCCAGUGGGCCUCGCUAGCUUUAGAACUACUGUACUUCACCAACGAUGACGAGGAGCGGUACAGCAUCCAGGCUCAUCCCACACUCCUCAGGAAUCUGACCAUCCAAGCUGCGGACCCACCUCUGGGGUAUCCAGUGUAUUCUUCGGGUGCUGUGUCAGUACCAAUUGCGGUAGCCCCUUUAUAAAGGCCUUUUAGUAACAACGUUUGAUCAUGUGCGCCGUUCGUUAUGCAUUUGUGAAAUAUACGCAGUAUUAUGUGUGAGCAUUUUAAUGGUAGUUAGAUUGGUGUAAUCGCAAAACUGAUUAACUUUCGAAAAUCUGGCGAACGUUCUCCGAAUAGAUUUCGCGGAAAACUUGAAAACGGAAAUAUUAAACAAAACAACCAAUUUGUGAAAGUAAAUUUUCCUAUUUGAGAGAGGGAAGGAAUUGGG